AUGAUUAAAGCAAUCUUAAUAUUCAACAACCAUGGCAAGCCUCGGCUCAUCCGUUUUUAUCAAUAUUUUGCAGAGGACAUGCAACAGCAGAUCAUUCGGGAGACAUUUCAUUUAGUGUCUAAGAGGGAUGACAACGUCUGCAACUUCCUGGAGGGAGGCAGUCUUAUCGGUGGAUCAGACUACAAAUUGAUUUACCGUCAUUAUGCCACUCUCUACUUUGUUUUUUGUGUCGACUCUUCUGAGAGCGAACUUGGCAUUUUGGAUCUUAUCCAGGUCUUUGUGGAGACCUUGGAUAAGUGCUUUGAAAAUGUGUGUGAACUCGACCUCAUAUUUCAUAUGGACAAGGUCCAUUAUAUCUUGCAGGAGGUGGUGAUGGGAGGAAUGGUGCUGGAAACCAACAUGAAUGAGAUAGUAGCUCAAGUAGAAGUGCAGAAUCGAAUGGAGAAGUCAGAGGGAGGUCUAUCAGCAGCCCCAGCUCGAGCUGUCUCAGCCGUGAAAAAUAUGAAUCUGCCUGAGAUUCCCCGCAAUAUUAACAUUGGAGACAUUAAUAUCAAGGUUCCCAGCCUCUCCCCUUUCUGA